CGACUCGCGAGGCCACGGACGAGGACGAACGCGACGCGAACCGAGACGUGCAUGCGCGAGCGAGACGCACGCGACGCCGAGAAGAGAGGCGACCGGCGACGACGGCUGGCGAAGGACGAAGGGCGGCGCGCGGGGGCGUCGGCGAGCGACGACGGAACGCGCCGCGAGAGACGAGCGAGGGGCGCGAACGGGACGAGCGACGCGGAAGCGCGAGAGGUGAGGCGCGAUGGCGAUGAUAAACAUCGGGGCGUCCAACGCCGGGGACCAGUUUUAUCGGUAUAAAAUGCCAGCCAUUCAGUCUAAAAUCGAGGGGCGCGGGAACGGGAUCAAGACAAACGUGACGAACCUCGUGGAGGUGUCCAAGGCGUUGGCGCGACCGCCGAUGUACACGUUGAAGUUUUUAGGGAACGAUCUCGGGGCGCAGACGACUUUUAACGAAAAGGAAGGACGCGCGAUCGUGAACGGGGCGCACGACGCGGGGAAGCUCGCGCAGAGUUUGGAGAGUUUCAUCAAACGUUUCGUGCAGUGCUUUUCGUGCGGUAAUCCGGAGACGAUGAUUGAGAUUACCAAGCGAGAGACGAUUCACUUGAAAUGUAAGGCGUGCGGGGCGCUUUCCGACGUCGAUAUGCGACACAAGCUGUGUGGUUACAUUUGCAAGAAUCCUCCGGAAAUUAAAAAGGACAAAAAGGAAAAGCAACUGCGCCGCGCCGAACGCGAACGCGAAGAGGCUGGUGCAGCGAUCGAUGACGAAGAACGUCGACGACGUAAGUCUGAAAAGAAGGAAAAGAAAGAGAAGAAAGAGAAGAAAGAGAAGAAAGAGAAGAAGGAGAAGAAGGAGAAGAAGGAAAAAACCGACGACGCGCCCGCCGAGGCGGGCGACGCUUCCUCCGCCUCUGAAGCCGACGACGACGACGAUGACGAAGUCCAGUGGGCGACUGAUACUUCUGCCGCCGCCGCGAAAGCGCGAGCAAUCGAACAGCUUACUGACGGCGCGGCGAACAUGGUCACCGUGGUCGCGGAUAAGAUGGCGGACGCCGCCAUCGAGGACGAGAGCUCGGAAGAAGAGGAGGAUCCUCGAGUGUCCAAGCUUCGCGCGUACGCGGCGAAAAAUGACGCCGUGAAAACGGCCGAAUAUCUCGUCUCUGAUGCCCUUGGCGUCGAAUCCAAGGAAAUGGGCGUCUUGUUCCUCCUCGAAGCCGUUUUUGACGAAGACGAGGCCAUUCCUCCGCAAAUCAAAGCGAAGAAGGAUUACUUGAGCGCCGCGUGCCCGGAUGCUGCGCUUCAACGCGCGCUCUUGUGCGCCUUCGAACGUUACGUCACCGAAACCGCCACUUCUGGUUUUAAGGCGUUCUCUCUUAUUCUCAAUCAGCUCUACGAGUUCGAUCUCAUCGAAGAAGACGUCAUCAAGGCUUGGAAUGAAGACGUGGACGCCGCCUCGUGCAUCGACGUCGAGCCCAAAGUCGCCCAAGCCGUUCGCAAGCAAGCCGCCAAGUUCAUCGACUGGCUCGACGAGAGCGAGGACGAGGACAGCGACUAAUACAUCGCACCGCUUUUCAUCUCAUCUCAACGCUCGACGCACGGACGACAGAGAUCUUAUACGUUGAAACGCAAACAGUCAGAAACUCGUG